UCCAAAGCCAAAUCAAAAGAAAUUUGUAGUAAGUGUUGUAACAAUAAAAUAACAAUGUAAAUUCUUUAUUCAAACUUGAGAGGGGUCUAAUCUACCCAGCAUUUUUGCUGCUCUAGCCUCUAGGGCAAAACACAUAUUCCACUACAUAUAAUCUGACCCGACGACGCCGUUUUUUCACUAACCCAACAUUCGGAGAUUAACUUCGCCGGAGAACAAUGCUCGGCAUUUCGUACGGCGAACUUUUCCUCCUUUUGGGCGCCACCGCCGCCCUUAUCGGGCCUAAGGAUCUUCCGGUUAUCGCUAGAACAGCUGGGAGGUUAGCUGGGCGAUCGAUUGGAUAUGUUCAGGUGGCGCGUGGCCAAUUCGAAAGCGUUAUGCAACAAUCUCAAGCUCGCCAGGUUCAUAAAGAACUGCAAGACACAAUGGCUCAAUUAGAAGCCAUACGUCAUGAAAUUCGAUCCAUUUCAAUCGUGAAUCCUGGUCCCUUGACAACAAGGCUAGUUGAUAACAUAGCUAGCCAACCACCCGUUAAAAAUGCACUCCUCCUUUCGAUACUGAUUUGUUUCAAGAUUCAUGAUUGCUUUAUAGUGGACAAUGGGUCUGCAAAACCUCCUGAAGGCCGUGCAGCAAAAAUUGAGAUCAAAGAGAUCAGUAGCAUGGCCAAGGAGUUGAGGGGCUCAGACGUAUUGUUGGAGGCAGUACUUGAGGAGGAUGUAGCACGUAAUGCAAAGGGGCCGCUUGAUGCACUUUGCCUUCUUGACAUGCUUGAUUCUUGCAGCUUUAUGCAUAACUGAUGAUCUUAUUCAUGUUAGCAUUUUAUGAAGCAACUUAAGUCCCGUAAGUUUGAUUAUAUAGCUCAAAUUUGGUCCGUUCAAGACUUCAAUUUUUUGAAUCAAGCAAAAUUGCAUUUUUUUGUUGUGUUCUCAUGAAGUGGGGUCUAUUACUUACGAUUCACCAGUCGAACUAAAUCAUCUUUUAUUAUGAAAAGAUUUUCCAACGGUCCAGUUAGGUUGGUACCACUGCAUAAAGCGCAAGCACAUUUAUGUAUGGUUUUUAGACGCGUUAAAAAGUGGCUUUUAUUUACAUGUACCUAAUGGCUGAUGAAAGCUAUCUUUUUGUAUAAAGAAAUUUCUGGACAUGUGAUUUUAAACCAGAAUCUAUGGCAUAAUUUGAUAUGUCGAUUCGGAUUCUUGGUGGAAUCACAUUCCUGAUCUUUUGGCUUGGCCUUAGUUUUCAUUUUUUCUUUUUCACCCGAAUUUUCGUAUAAUCAAAUAUUCUCUUUAUUUUGGAUAUUGCAUACGUUGUUCUGUUCUAUUUUAUGCAGAGCCCAUUUCGUGUAGUACAAAUUAUUGUGUGAGGCAUCUAACUGUUUAGAGGUUUGAUCCGUCAUAUAUAUAUAUUUGUUAAUGAAA